AUGGCCGACUUCCAGGCUCACGAAAAGGCAGGGUAUUCCUACCAGCCACUUGAGCUGACCACCGACACCAAAGCAGACCGCCCGCAAACACUUCUGCAGCGAGUGAAGCGGGCGCAGCUGUCAACGUCCGCCAUUGUCGUGCGGGCAUUGGUCCUCGUGGUCCUGACGCUGCUGUUGGGCCUGCACAUGCUCCACGGCCGGCACAUGAUGCCAUGCCGCAGCGGCCGGCACCGUUCGAACCUGACGGUGGAGGAGCGAGUGGAUAAGAUCCUGGCGGCGACGCCGCUGAUUGACGGACACAACGACUUCCCGAUUGCGAUUCGCGCGUACUUUAACAACCACAUCAACAGCGACGAGUUCCGCAACGGGUUUGAGAAGGACGGGCUGCCGCAGCAUGUGGAUCUGCCCCGGCUGCGGGCGGGCAAGAACGGCGGCGCGUUCUGGAGCGUGUUCGCGCCGUGCCCCAAGAACGGCACGGACUUGUCGGACGCCAACUACGUGGCCAGUGUGCGCGACACCCUGCUGCAGAUCGACCUCGUGGCGCGGCUCAAGGAGCAGUACCCGGACGUGUUCUCGCCCAACGUGAAUAGCUCGACGGCGCUGGCGGCGUUUGAAAAGGGCCAGCUGAUCUCGCCGCUGGGCGUCGAGGGCCUGCACCAGAUCGGCAACUCGGUGUCGAACCUGCGUCUGUACCACGCCCUCGGUGCGCGGUACGCGACGCUGACGCACAACUGCCCCAACAUAUAUGCCGACGCUGCGCUCUGGGAGAGCCCAUUCCGCAAGGCACCCAAGUUCUUUGACGGCCUGAGCGAGCUGGGCCGCAAGGUGGUGCUGGAGAUGAACCGCAUCGGCCUGAUUGUGGACCUGUCGCACACGAGCGUCGACACGAUGGAGGACGUGCUCGGCGGCCGGCCGGACGAGGAGGCGGGGUGGCACGGCUCGCAGGCGCCCAUUAUCUUCAGCCACAGCAGCGCGUACAGCGUAUGCCCGCACCCGCGCAACGUGCCGGACCAUGUGCUGCAGCUGGUCAAGGCGCGCCGCGGCUUGGUCAUGGUCAACUUUGCGCCCGACUUUGUGUCGUGCCACUGGACGGGCAGCCCCGAGGAGGCCAACGGCGUGCCGUCCUUCUUCCCGGGCAACUCGACACUCGAGCACGUGGCGACGCACAUUUUGCACAUUGGCCGUCUGAUUGGCUUUGAGCACGUGGGCUUCGGCAGCGACUUUGACGGUAUUGGAUCGACGCCGCGCGGCCUCGACGACGUGGCGGCGUACCCGGCGCUGGUGGCAGAGCUGCUGCGGCGCGGCGUAACGGACAAGGAAGCGGCGUUGGUGGCGGGCGGCAACGUUCUGCGUGUCUGGCGCGAGGUGGACGCAGUGGCCGAGAAGCUGCAGGCGGCUGGUGUCCCCCCGCUCGAGGACGACCCAGUACGUUUGAAAGAAGACACAAGUGCGUAG